AUGCUCCUGUCGAUCGCGCCCAUCAUCCACGAGCCGGAUGACGACCACUGUGCGAAGACGCACUACACUGCGAUCAAGUCGGUCUUGGCCAUGUUCAAGAAGGCCAUCAAGCAAUGUGACUUCGUGGUGGGUGACAACUGCAGCGUCAACAAAAAGUUGGUCAAGCUUAUGUCCGUACCGCUGAUUGGCUGCGCCAGCCACCGAUUGAAUCUUGCGGUCAAGGCGUACACGCAGCAGCAUGAGGAUGAGCUCGUCAAGAUACAGCAGCUGAUGAUCAAGCUGCGAACACUGAACCAGGCCUCCAAACUCCUGUUUCGUACAGAGCUACGACCAAUUCUCCGCCAAGACACUCGUUGGAGUUCAACGUUUGCCAUGCUUCAGCGAUUUUUCGAGCUUCGAGAACAUCUCGACCACGAGGACGACACUAUUUUGGAAAUUCUACCAACUCUUGGUGAAACGAAGAAGUUGAAGUGUCUGCUGGAAGAUUUGAAGAAGGUAGAAUCCGCGUCAAAGCGAGUGCAGUCUACCGACGCUACAAUGUGGGAGGUUCGAACUCUAUUUGAUGCUCUAGUCGUUGACUUCCCCAGCUUUGAGCAUUACAUUGGUGGAUCAGCAAAUAUUGUUGGCAACCCAAAUUUUGAAAAAACCGUCACGAAGCUUCAACGUGGUCGCACGCUCACUCGGCCAGAGAAGUUGGCCGUUGCUGCACUGCGAAGCAACUACGGCGCAGACGAUGCCUCGGACGAAGAUGCUGGAUUUGCCGAAAGAGCGUUGAAACGUGCGCGCCUGGACGACGAGAAUGACACCUAUGUCCUCCUUGGUGCUGUCACCCCAACGUCAAACAUAGCCGAGCGUCUUUUCAGCAUGGCGCGUGCUUUGAUUGGCCUCGACCGUUUUUCACUCCAUCCCAUCAUGAUUGAGGCGACCUUCUUCCUUAAGUGCAACUGCAGCUACUGGGACGUAUCGACUGUCCACGAAACGCUUGAGUAA